AUGAUCUCCAAAGAGAAAAAACAACCAACUAAGCCUCAUAAAGAGGUGAAAGAGGCAGAAAAGAAACAUGUAGUACCAAAGAAGCCCUCUGAAGAAAAACACAAACCAGAGAAACCUUCUAAAGAAGAAAAAGAACCUUUGAAACAAUCUAGAAAGGAGGAAGAAGAAAGAAAAUUGUCUACCAAAAAAGAGACAGAACCAAAGAAGCUGUCUAAAGAAGACAGAGAGGAACUGUCCAAGGAAAAGAAAGUUUCUAAAGUAGAGGUCAAAAAGGUUCCAAAAGAAGAAAAGGAACCAAAGAAGAUCUCAAAGGAGGAAACUGAACCAACAAAACCUUCUAAAGAGGAGAAAGAAAUCAAGAAGACUCACAAAGAAGACAAAGAACCCAGAAAGAAGACAGACACUAAGACAGAAGAUAGACCCCAAAAGGCUACAAGGAGGAUUACAGUAGUCAAAAAGGAGGUCGCAUCUGUCCUGAAGAAGGAACAUCUUAAUGUUACAAAAGCAGCUGUUGAACCCAAGAAGCCUGCAAAGGUGCUGAGAGCUGCUAAAAAGCAUGAAGUCCCUGUCCUGAAAAAGGAACAUGUGAAUGUUACAAAAUCAGAGAUUCCUGAAGUUACUAAGGUGAAAGCCAAACCAGAACCUGCAAAGAAAGAGCUUCCAAAGGAAAAGGCCAAAGCAGCUCCUGCCAAGAAAGAAGCAGCUGCUCCAAAAGAAAAGCCUGAGCCAGUCAUCUUGAAAAAAGGACAAGCAGGCGCUGCCAGAAAUGCUUCUCUGGGGAAAGAGAGGGUCAAAAUAGUGCCUUUAAAGAAAGAAGUAAAGGUGCUAAAGGAGAGAGCAGUUUGA